CAAAUUUCUUGUGGAAAAUUGAUACCUCUGUUUCCACGAAUCUUUCAGUCAACGUUCUGUGUUAUGUACACACAUAUCUUCUUUGCUAAUUCUUCUACCUUCUCUAAAAAUCUAUGCGACCUCACAUCAAGAAAACAAAACAAUGGCUUCUUCUUCUUCUUUAACUCUUUUGUCUCCUCCGUUUUCUUCGCACCAUGUCUUCCCAAGCUUCCACGGGGCUGAUGUCCGCAAAAGCAUUCUCAGCCACAUCGUCAAGGAGCUCAAGAGCAAAGGAAUCGAUCUAUUCAUAGACAAUGAUAUAGAGAGGAGUAAGCUGAUCGGUACUGCGCUCGUCGAAGCUAUCAGAGGAUCUAGGAUUGCGAUUGUCUUGCUUUCGCAGAACUAUGCUUCGUCGACAUGGUGCUUGAACGAGCUGGUGGAGAUCAUCAAGUGUAGAAAAGAGUUCGGUCAAACAGUGAUUUCUCUUUUUUAUCAAGUGGAUCCAACUCAUGUAAAGAAGCAGACUGGUGAUUUUGGGAAGGUCUUUAAAAAAACUUGUCAAGGAAAAACAGAGGAGGAGAUCAGAAGAUGGCAACAUGCUUUGACGGAAGUGGCCCAACUCGCAGGCUACCAUUCAACAAACUGGGAGACUGAAGCAGAGAUGAUUGAAGCUAUUGCGACUGAUGUUUCGAACAAGCUGAACCUUUCAGCACCUUCCAGUGAUUUCGACGACUUAGUUGGGAUGGAAUCUCAUAUGACACAACUGGAACCAUUGUUACAGCUAGAUUCGAGCAAGGUGAGAAAAAUAGGGAUUUGGGGUCCGCCUGGGAUUGGUAAGACUACCAUUGCUAGAUAUUUUUUCAACCGACAUGCCCGAGAUUUCCAGAUGAGUGUCUUUAUGGGUAAUAUUAAAAGAAAGCAUGCCGCAAUGGCUUGUUCCGAUGACUACAGUGUGAAGUUGAAAUUACAGAAGAAGAUUAUGUCUAAGUUAACAAAUGAUAAGGAUACCAAGGUUCAACAUUUGGGAGUCGCCAAAGACAGGUUGAAACACAAGAAAGUUCUUGUCGUCCUUGAUGAUGUGGAUCGGUCAGCACAAGUAGAAGCCAUGGCAAACGAAACUUGGUUUGGUCCUGGGAGUCGGAUUCUCGUCACCACAGAAGAUCAAAAGGUUUUAAAAUCAAGUGGGAUUGACCAUAUACUCAAGGUGAAUUUACCAUCAUAUGGUCAAGCUCUUCAGAUGUUCUGCAUGUAUGCUUUUGAUCAGAAAUACCCAAAGGAUGGUUUUGAGAAGCUUGCUUGGGAAGUUAUGCCUCUUGUAGGUAGACUUCCAUUAGGGCUAAGGGUUAUGGGAUCCUAUUUCCGGGGAAUGUCGGAGCAAGAAUGGACAGAGGCACUACCAAGGUUAAGGACUCACCUUGACAGAGAUCGAGAAAUUGAGAACAUUUUAAAGUUUAGUUAUGAUGCCUUAUGUGAUGAAGAUAAAAGUUUAUUUCUUCAUAUAGCAUGCUUUUUCUAUGAUGAACUUGGUGAAAUUGAAAUAGUGAAAAGCUGUCUUGCGAGUUGUUUUUUGGAUGUGAGCCAAGGGCUGCACAUCUUAGCUGAAAAAUCUCUCAUAACUAUGAAAAAUGGAAGUAUACAUAUGGCAGAGUUGCUACUCCAACUAGGAAGAAAAAUUGUGCGAGAAGAAAAUGUUAGUGAGCCUUGGAAACGCCGGUUUUUGCAUGAUGCAGAGGAUAUUGAAGAAGUACUUAAUGAUGAUAAAAUUGGUAGUAGCAAUGUCAGAGGAAUAAAUCUUCAUUGGAAAGAUUACAUAACAUGUACAAAUGAAAGAGCCUUUAAAGGAUUGUCUAAUCUUCAAUUCUUAAGAAUCAAUGGCCUUGGCAUCAGUCCGCAAAAAGAAGACUACAUAUCCCAAAGACUUCGAGUACUAAUUUGGGACCGUUCCGAGAUGACAUGUUUUCCUUCAAAUUUUAAUCCAAAGUUCCUAGUCAAACUAGAGAUGCCUGAUAGCAAGCAUGUGAAAUUUUGGGAAGGGAUCAAACCGCUCAACAAUCUCAAGUGGAUGGAUUUGAGUUAUUCAGAUAGAUUGAAAGAGCUUCCGGAUCUCUCAACUGCUGUUAAUCUUCAAGAACUGAGUCUCAGAGGAUGCGAAAGCCUGGUGAAACUCCCUUCUUCUAUUGGAAAUGCAAUUAAUCUCAGAAAAUUGAAUCUCACAGAAUGCUCAGGUCUGGUGGAGAUCCCUUCUUCUAUUGGAAAUGCCAUUAAUCUCAGAGAGUUGAAUCUGAAGUUUUGCGAAAGUCUGGUGGAGAUCCCUUCAUCUAUUACGACUAUCACUUAUCUCAAAAUUAAUGAUCUUAAUGAUUGUUCAAGUUUGGUAGAGCUUCCCUUCAACAUUGAAACAGUCCUUGAUCCCACGAAAAUUGAUCUCAGUGGAUGCUCAAGUUUGGUGGAACUCCCUUUCUCUAUUGGGAAUGCAAUUGAUCUCCAAGAAUUGGAUCUUAGUAAUUGUUCAAGCCUGACGAAGCUCCCUUCCUCUAUGAGAAAUCUUCAUAGAUUGUCGGAAUUAGAGUUACGUGGAUGCUCAAAGUUAGAGGUUAAUCUGGCCAACAUCAACUUGGAGUCUAUUGAAGUACUCGAUCUCUCAGGUUGCUCUUCGUUGAAAAGUUAUCAUGAGAGUUCCACAGAAACUGGAGAGCUGGAUCCAUGGAGAAGGAGAAUAUCUCGUCUACAAAGACUUUAUAUAUGCAGAAUGAAGAAGCUGGUAUCACUCCCACAGCUUCCGGAUUCGCUAUCGUAUGUCGAUGCAUCCAAUUGUGAGUCACUGGAGAGACUAGAUUGCUCCUUUGGCAACCCAGAUAUUCUUCUCAACUUCAAAGAUUGUUUCAAACUAAAUCAAGAAGCUAAAGAUCUCAUCAUCCAGACGCCUACUAAUCAAUAUGCAGUCUUUCCCGCUGAAGAAGUGCCUUCAUGCUUCACUUACCGAUCUUCUGGGAGUUCUGUGAAUGUAAAGUUGAAUCGAUUGCCUCUUGGCACAUCAACCAAAUUUAAGGCCUGUAUCAUAUUUGGAGGUGAGGGCGAAAGGGGAUAUAGAGGAGCAGAUGUCUGUUGUAGCAUCACGUCCGGAGGGAAUCCUCUAAUUUCUUGCUAUAAAAGAAUAAAACGAGUUUAUCUGAACACAUCCGACUUUGCGCAUCUGUACACAUUCGAGGUUGAGGUUAAAACAGAGGAGGUCACUUCCACUGACCUUACUUUUGAGUUCGAUCUCAGCUAUGAAGACUGGAGAAGAACUUUCAAAACAUUGGAGGUAAAAGAAUGCGGGAUACUACAACUCCCAGAGGUCUCUUUAUUGAACUUCACAGAUGUCGUUGGAGAUUAUGAACCUUCAGAUAUGGAGCUUGUUCGUGAAGAUGAUGGUGACAAGAGACUACUUAUUUUCUGAUUCCGACUCAUUUUUUAUUCCCUGAUAAAUUUGCAUGCUUCUAAAUCCUGCAAUCUCUUGUAUUUUAAUCUUUGAGGCACUUCUUGAGUACGUAAUUAUUUUCUUUUUGGACAAAGAGUACGUAAUUAAAACAGCAAAAAAUUCUCAACCAAGAAAUCAAUGUAAGGAAUCCAAGUUAAAUUCUAACCAUUCCAAAACUUUUCAUUA